AUGAAGUUCGACUCCUCCAUCCUUAUCGCCUCCUUGGCGGCGACCGCUGUUGCGGCUCCGGCUCAGGAACCUUGCGAUCACACUGCUAUGGCUAAGCGAUGGGUUGACACUACUGGUGGCCAGAGGAUGCCUGCACACUACGUCGCUACUGUCCGCAAGCUCUCUUCCGAGAAGGUUAAGAACAAGCGUACACUUGACGCGCUCCUCGGUGGCCUUGGCGGUGGAGCGGCAGGUGCAGGUGCCGGAGCAGGAGGCCUUGGUGCCCUUGGUGGACUCGGUGCUCUGGGAGGUGGUGCCGGUGGUGCUGGAGGCCUGAGUGCUUUGGCUGGUGGUGCUGGAGGUCUCGGCGCUCUCACUGGUGCUGGAGCUGGUGGCGCAGGAGCUGGAGCUGGAGCCGGCGGUCUCGGUGCCCUUGGUGGACUUGGUGCUCUAGGAGGUGGUGCAGGUGGCGCAGGAGGUGCAGGAGGUCUCGCUGCCCUUUUCCCUGGUCUCGCCAAGCGUCAACUUGAUCAGCUCCUCGCUGGUUUGACUGGCGGUGCAGGUGGCGCAGGCGGCGCAAAGGGUGCGGCGGGUGCCGCUGGCGGUGCUGGUGGUAUCGGCGACCUUCUCAGCGGUCUCGGUAUCGGUGGUGGAGCUGCUGGCGGAAAGGCGGGCGGUGCCGCUGCUACUACCCCCAAGGCACCUGCGACUAGUGCUGCCGCCAGCGCUGCGAAGGGCCAGAAGGGUGCCGGAGCUGCUGGUGCUGCUGGUGCUGCUGGUGCUGGUACUCUUACCGGCGCUGCAAACAACGGCACUGCUGCGGCAGGAGGCGCUACCGCCGCUGGUACUGGCAAGGCUGGCAAGGGAGCUGGCAACUUGAACGGAGCUGCUGGUGCCGGAGCAAAUGCCAACGGUGCCACUGGCACUGGAGCUACUGCCAACGGAGCCACUGGAACUGGAGCUACUGGUACUGGAGCGACUGGUACUGGAGCGACUGGUACUGGCGCUAGCAAAGGAGCUGGUAAUGGAGCAGCUGGUGCUGGAGCCACUGCCAACGGCGCUACUGGUACUGGAGCAACUGGUGCUGGAGCUGGCAGGGGACAAGGCAAUGGAGCUGCCAACGGUCAACAGGGAGCCGGCCGUGGUCAACAAGGUGCCGGAGCCGCCACUCCCCCAACUCCUCCUACCGCUGGUGGCGCGGGUACUGGAGCAGCUGGAGCUACUCCCCCCACUCCUCCCACUGCCGGUGGUGCCGCCCCUGGUCCUAACGGAGCGACUCCUCCCGCACCUCUCACUUCUGGUGGCAUUGCCGCUCCCCCUGCUCCCCCUGCCAAUGGAGCCACUCCUCCUACUCCUCCCACUGCUGGCGGCGCGGGAACCGGAGCAACUCCUCCUACUCCCCCUACCGCUGGUGGCGCAGGCAUCGGAGCUACUCCUCCCACUCCUCCCACUGCCGGUGGCGCUGCUCCCGCUGCCGGUGCCAACGGUCCUCUUGCCGGUGGAAACAGCCCCACUGCUGGUGGCGCCGCAGGAGCUGGCCUUACCGGAACUGGAGCUACAGGUGCCGGUGCCGCAGGCUCAGCCGGUUCAGCUACCGGAGCUGGUGCAGCAACUGGAAACGGUGCCUCUGGCGCUCUUACUGGCGCUACUGGUGCUACUGGUGCUACUGGUUCUUCCGGCUCUACCGGUGCUUCUACCGGUGCGUCUGGAUCUACUAGCACAUCUGGCACCAAGGGCACAGGUGCAAACAGCGCUUCUAACGGCGCCUCCGCCGCAUCUGCAUCUGGCAACGGAAAGGCCUCAGGUGGCAAGGGCGCUUCGUCUGGCAACGCCGACUCUGCUCUCGCUGACUCUCAGGAGGAGGACUAG